AUGCAAGGACAUCAAUUCUCUGCAAGUUUACGAGCUCUUCCUCUAGGUGGUUGCGAUAUUGUUUUGGGAGCUGACUGGUUGCGCAAACUUGGUGAUGUUACUUUUAACUUCAGUCUGUUGAGUAUUUAUUUUGUACAUCAAGGCACACCAAUCACCCUUCAAGGUACUUCUUCUAAACCUUCUCUGAGCCUCCUCAGUGCUUCUUCUCUUAAGAAGUUUUUAAAGAAACCUAAAGGACUUCCUCCUUCUAGGUCACUUGACCAUAAAAUUCCACUCAAAACUGGUUCUAACCCAACUUCUCAAAGGCCAUACAAGUGCCCUUAUGUUCAUAAGUCUGUAGUAGAAUCCUUAGUCCCUGAAAUGCUUUCCUCUAGUGUGAUACAACCAAGUCAUAGCCCAUUUGCUGCUCCUAUUCUCCUUGUUAAGAAGAAGGAUGAAACUUGGCGUUUUUGUAUCGAUUAUCGUAAACUCAAUGACAUCACUGCCAAAGACAAGUUUCCUAUUCCACUUAUAGAAGAAUUUCCAGACGGGUUGAAUGUUUCUAUGGUGUGCACCAAAAUUGAUCUUCGUUCUGGUUACUACCAAAUACGGGUUUAUGUACCAGACAUUCACAAGACUGCUUUUCGCACCCAUCAUGGCCAUUACGAGUUCAGAGUCAUGCCAUUCGGGCUUACUAAUUCCCCUGCAACUUUUCAAGCCCUCAUGAAUGAGGUGUUUCAUCCAUAUCUCCGUAAGUUCGUCCUGAAUAGUAAACCAAUUGCCUUUCUAAGUAAACCAUUGGGUCCUAAGGCAUUGGCAUUGUCUACUUAUGAAAAGGAGUUUUUGUCCAUUGUCAUGGCUGUUCAAAAAUGGAAGUACUAUUUAUGUAGUCAACAGUUCAUCAUCUAUACUGAUCAUCAAAGUUUGAAGUAUCUUAUGGAUCAGAAGUUGUCCACAGCCCUGCAGCAAAAAUGGCUAGUCAAAUUAAUGGGUUUUGACUAUGUAAUUGAGUACAAAAAGGGAUUAGAAAAUCAGGCUAUUGAUGCAUUGUCCAGAUUUCCUUCUGCUUCAUGUUCUUCCUUAUCCUUAUCUCAGCCUCAGGCAUUAUCAGAUUCAAAAGGAGACUCUAUAUUGGCUCAGGGGGACAACUCACUUCCAGGGGGUCUCCUCCAACCACUUCCCAUACCUGAUACUGCUUGGCAACACAUAUCAUUAGAUUUUAUAGAAGGCCUUCCAAUGUCCUUUAAAAAGAAUGUCAUUCUAGUGGUUGUAGACAGAUUAAAAAAAUAUAGUCACUUCAUACCUUUUGGUCAUCCAUUCACUGCCAUGACAGUUGCUAGGGAGUUUCUUUAUCAUGUGUUUAAACUUCAUGGGUUUCCCAGUUCAAUUGUGAGCGACAGAGAUAAGAUUUUCAUUAACCAAUUCUGGCAAGCUCUUUUCAAAUCAUUGGGCACCACUCUGAAGCUCAGUUCUACCUACCAUUCUCAAACUGAUGGGAAAACUGAAAGAACAAAUGCAUGUGUUGAGCAGUACUUGAGGUGCAUGACAAGUUCUCACCCAAAACAGUGGCUGCAAUGGUUAGCUUUAGCUGAGUGGUGGUUUAACACUAACUACCACUCCAACCUAAAAAUGUCUCCCUUUCAGGCAUUAUAUGGAUAUGCUCCCCCACAUAUGGAAAGAGACAUUAUGUUACAAUUGUUGAAGGAAGAACUGUCCAGGGCACAAAGUAGAAUGAAAUUUUUUGCAGAUAAAAAGAGGUCUGACAGAAACUUUGAAGUGGGUGACUUAGUUUUCUUGAAGCUACAACCUUAUAGACAAACAUCAGUUGCUGUGAGAAAGAAUUUCAAGCUCUCAGCCAAAUACUUUGGGCCUUUUGCAGUCAUACAAAAAAUUGGAGUUGUUGCUUAUAAACUCAAGCUUCUCGUGGGGUCUAGAAUCCAUCCAGUAUUUCAUGUCUCUCAACUGAAGAAGAAUAUUGGAUUGCAAGCUGUUCUCUCACCUCAACUUCCACUAGUGGACCAUGCAGGUCAGUUUGUAAUUGAACUUAUUGCUGUUUUGGACACUAGAACUACUGUCAGAGGCACAACUCAAAUUCCACAAGUCUUGGUACAAUGGUGCAACUCAGACCCUGCAGACUCAACAUGGGAGGAUGUUUCUCACAUACAAGCUCAGUUUUCAGACUUCAUCCUUGAGGACAAGGAUCUCUAA